AUGGCAUCCAAAGAUGUUCCCACGGACGUCGACCGUCUACCCGUGCCCUCGCGGAAUCCCCUUCCCCUCUCGGCAACCCAGGAAGCUCAGGUCCGCGACAUCUACUACACACGUGUGAGAAAUCAUUGUGCUCCUGAGAUUAAAGCCUUUGCCGAAUGCGCCGCCGGCCGAACCCUCACAGUCUCCUUCGCCUGCCGGGAACCGCUCCACGCCAUGAACUCGUGCAUGAAAGCGCACGCCACACAAGCCGAGCAGGAUGCGGCGAGAGAAGAGUGGUUCGCCAUGCGUCUUGCCCGCCAACGUGAGAGGGAACGAAAGCAGCUCAAGAAGUCGGCGCAAGAGGACUUUAUGCGAGAAUGGUGGCGCAUGCCUGAGCGAGACGAGGAGUCGAGGCGGAAGCUGGCCGAGAAGCAGGCGCUGGAAGAGAGGGUUGGCGGAGCGCGGGCGAGUCACCCUUCCAAUGAAAGAAAAUGA